AUGUCUGGCACGGAGGCUUCCGCUGCUCAGGGCGGCGGGGGAAACAAUGCCAGUGAAUUCGUCCGCAAGCUGUUUCGCAUGCUGGAAGACCCGUCGCAUCAGGAUGUGGCUCGAUGGGGAAAAGAUGGCGACUCGUUCGUCGUUGUCGAGGGCGAAAAGUUCACAAGAUCCAUCCUACCGAAGCAUUUCAAGCAUAGCAACAUGUCAAGCUUCAUUCGACAGCUCAACAAGUACGACUUUCACAAAGUGAAGCCAUCCGGCGAUGGCGAUUCCACCUCCCCGAACGGCAACGUCCUAGAGUUCAAACAUCCCUACUUCCGCGUCGACAGCAAAGAUGACCUGGACAACAUCCGCCGAAAAGCGCCGGCCACGAGAAAACCUCAGGUCGCAGAGGACUUCACGACGAGCCAGCAUGUCAGCGUCAUCUCCGAGCAGCUGACGGCGACGCAGCAGCAAGUGCAGCAGCUGCAAGAGCUGUUUGCCGACGUUUCGCAGACCAACAGGCUCCUCGUCAACGAGGUCCUCACCCUGCAGAAGAUGCUCAAUGCCCAGAAGCAGGCGCAGCACGAGAUGCUCAACUAUCUCUCUCCUUACAACCAUAGCCGGAAUAGCGGCAUGAUGGGUCACUCGAUGAACUCAAAUGGCGGCAUGUCGACGUCGGACGGGGACGAAGCUGUGCCGGAGCUCAGGAGGGCGCGAGAGCUCUUGUCCAGUGUCGCCCCCGACGCCGUAGCUGAUCGUGAGCUUGAGCGCCUGCACGACAUUUACGAAUCCCCUGCCGACUCGGCCACCAUGGUAACGCCCGUAUCGAUGCCCAUGAUGCAUGACCCCAUGAAUGAUAUAAGCCGAUAUCCCGUAUAUCCUGUAGGGCAGACCGUCGGCAUUGAUCCUUUCCACUCGGAUCACAUCAACAAGAUUCCGUACGCCAUGCCCAACGAGGGCAGCUCGGGCUCCUUGGACCAACACCAGCAGCAGCAGCACACGGCGCAACCAGGAGCGUCCAACCAGAUGAAUAGCGCGUCAGGCCCUGCGGAAUCCAUGGACAAGCCUGCGUCUCUGUGGGGGCCCAAGAAGCCAGUUGUGUUCCUGGUAGAAGACGACGGAACGUGUGCCAAGAUUGGCAUCAAGUUCCUCAAAUCCAUGGGUUGUGAUGUUGAACAUGCCAUUAAUGGAGUGGAAGCGUAUAACAGGAUCAAUGCCGUUGGUCGCGACCACUUCGACCUCAUCUUCAUGGACAUCAUCAUGCCCAGACUGGACGGUGUGUCAGCUACCAUGUAUAUCCGCCAGCACUGCCCAACCACGCCCAUCAUCGCGAUGACGUCAAAUAUUCGACCAGACGAGGUGAAUGGAUAUUUCGAGCAUGGGAUGAAUGGAGUGUUGGCCAAGCCGUUCACAAAGGAAGGCAUGCUCAAGUCUGUCAAGACAAACUUGCAACACCUCUUGAAGAACCCGCCCAACCAGUCGGAUAACGGGCACGGAUCCGGAUUUCUCAUGAACGUCCCCUACCUGAGCACGACGGGCAAUCCCAUCAAGUUCGAGUCUCCAACGCCACCCACGGGAACCGGCGGCUCGAACUGGCAAUCGGGCCACAUGUCGCAGAACGGAGUCGACCAGGGCUUUGGGCUCAUGGACGGGAGCGGCCAGUAUAACAUGACGCAGGGUAGAGGCGGGUAUUCGACGAUGGAUGCUUCCUCAGGCCGUAUAUCCGAUCACGAUAGCCCUCCGGAGAAGCGCCAGCGUCUGAACAACUCGCAACGAAAUUACGCUUAA